UUAUCACAUUAUUUUAUAUAUAGCAUUUACCAGCUGAUUGUCGACUACAGAGAAGGAAAGAUACCAAAUACUCCCUCUCAAAAUAGCGAUCUGGGACAGAUUUCAGCUGAGAAUUUACCUUCUUCGCAUACUGGAGCAGAAAAUACCCAAGAAAAGUUGCAGUUGUCCAGCAAGGACAACGAAGAAGACAUGGCUGCCGAGCUGGGAGCCAGCAAUGGCAGCUGCACGGAUUCACUGAAGAGUGUUGAGAAGAAGACUUUAAGGGUUAAGUUUCCAUUGAGGAUUGAAGAUCUCUCUGUAAGCAGUGUUUCAUCCAUAUAUUGUAUUGAUGAUUCAUGGCAUUCAGCAGAUGAUGACGCAGAUCUUGCUCCGAAGAAAGUCUGGCAUCCAAGGUUCACAAAGCCGAUUCAGGCCUGGCAAGAUCCCACGAUAAACACAGAGGCAAAAGAUGGUGUUUUGAAACCAGGAACUAGCGCCUCCUUUGAGGACAAUAAUUCUGAUCAUAAAAAUGAAGAUGUGGUUACAACCUUUCCCGAACCAUCAACCGAAGUUCCAGGCUUUUCUCAUCCUGCCUUCCCAGCACCGGAACCUCUCCCAUCUUCAGCAGUCUUUGGUGUUACAGAGGAAGAAGCAGCAAAGCCAAAAACUGGGGGAAAAGAGAACGGCACUCGGACUAUUAACAGUGUCCUAAAGGAGCAAGCAGAUCAUAACAAAUUGGUUUCUAUUGAUGGAGCACAUAAAAAUGACAAAGGUGGCGCAACAUCAGCAUUAGGAUUAGAAGAAAAGGAAGCUGUAGAACCAUCCUGGGACUCUGAGAGUACCACCAAGGUUCAACUACCGAACUAUGUUGAUCAGUUAUCUGGAGCUGCAGGUCAAGGAGAAAAACAUACAUUAAAUGGACAAAUAGAAAAUUUCAAUAUUGAAAACUCAGUAUACAUUCUUUCUUGCAUGAGUGUAUCAAGAAACUUCGAUGGCUAG